CCUUAUUUUCUCCGUUGUGAGUAAAAAAAUCUGCGAUUUUCACCUGCCAUAACCACCGAGGAGGCCCCAGCAAGAGAACUCAAACCUGUUUUCCACGUGUUUUCUACUCUUCAUCCUCACAAGAGGUGAUUCAUCGUUGUCUUCUUCAUCAUCUUCAUAUCUUCUUCUCUCUGUAUUUAUACACUUUGCAGAUACUAUACUCGGAUUAGAUCGCCCAAAUUUGAAGCCCUAAAGUCUAAACCCAGCUGAGCUCCGAACUCCAAAACCUCAUCUUCAAUCGAAUUGAGGAUCUGGGAAUCGGAUUAGGGUGGGAGUUCUGAUCGGAGUUGUAAAAUUUGGCCGGGAAUCGAGGAUGGAGCAGCUGAAGACUAUCGGGCGGGAGCUCGCAAUGGGGUCGCAAGGCGGGUUCGGUCAGUCGAAGGAAUUCCUGGACCUUAUAAAGUCGAUCGGCGAGACCCGAUCCAAGGCGGAAGAGGACCGCAUCGUGCUCAACGAGAUCGAGACGCUCAAGCGGCGCAUCGUGGAGCCCGAUAUUCCGAAGAGGAAGAUGAAGGAGUACAUAAUUCGGCUCGUCUAUGUGGAGAUGCUCGGCCACGAUGCGUCUUUCGGAUACAUCCACGCCGUGAAGAUGACCCACGACGAUAGUUUGUUGCUCAAGAGAACUGGAUACCUCGCUGUGACAUUGUUUCUGAAUGAGGACCAUGAUUUGAUUAUCUUGAUCGUGAACACCAUUCAGAAGGACUUGAAGUCGGAUAAUUACUUGGUCGUUUGUGCUGCGCUCAAUGCUGUUUGUAAAUUGAUUAAUGAGGAGACAAUCCCCGCAGUGCUGCCUCAAGUGACGGAGCUGUUGGGGCACCCCAAGGAGGCUGUUAGGAAAAAGGCUGUCAUGGCACUCCACCGGUUUUACCAGAAGUCUCCAUCUUCUGUACAUCACCUCAUCUCCAACUUCCGGAAGAAGCUCUGCGAUAAUGAUCCUGGAGUUAUGGGUGCUACUCUCUGUCCUCUUUUAGAUCUUAUUACAAUUGAUAUUGAGCCCUAUAAGGAUUUAGUGGUCAGCUUUGUAAGCAUUCUCAAGCAAGUAGCUGAACGGAGAUUGCCAAAGAGCUAUGAUUAUCAUCAGACACCUGCACCAUUCAUUCAGAUCAAAUUGCUGAAAAUUUUGGCACUACUGGGUUGUGGUGACAAAAAGACAAGUGAACACAUGUAUACCAUUAUUUCUGAAGUAAUGAGAAAGUGCGAUUCAACAAGUAAUAUAGGAAAUGCUAUUCUAUAUGAAUGCAUAUGCUGUGUUUCCUCCAUCCAUCCUAGCCCCAAGCUAUUAGAAUCUGCAGCUGAUGCAAUUGCCAAAUUCUUGAAGAGUGAUAGCCAUAAUCUUAAGUAUUUGGGCAUUGAUGCACUUGGAAGGUUGAUAAAGAUCAGCCCAGAAAUUGCAGAGCAACACCAGCUGGCCGUAAUAGAUUGCUUAGAGGAUCCAGAUGACACCCUAAAGCGAAAAACUUUUGAACUUCUUUAUAAAAUGACAAAAUCGUCAAAUGUGGAAGUGAUUGUGGACCGCAUGAUUGAUUACAUGAUAAGCUUAAAUGAUAGCCAUUACAAAACUGAAAUAGCAUCCAGAUGUGUUGAACUUGCAGAACAAUUUGCCCCAAGCAAUCAAUGGUUUAUUCAGACUAUGAAUAAAGUAUUUGAGCAUGCAGGAGAUUUGGUGAACGUAAAGGUUGCACAUAAUUUAAUGCGACUGAUUGCUGAAGGGUUUGGAGAAGAUGAUAAUAGCGCUGACAGUCAGCUGAGAUCCUCUGCUGCCUAUGCAAUAUCAGCACUUACGAAAAUAUAUUCCUUUGAAAUAGCAGCAGGACGAAAAAUUGACAUUUUGCCUGAGUGUCAAUCGUUCAUUGAGGAAUUACUAGCAUCACAUUCAACAGAUUUACAGCAACGUGCGUAUGAACUUCAAGCUGUCAUUGGUUUAGACGCUCGCACUCUUGAAAACAUAAUCCCAAUGGAUGGAAGUUGUGAAGAUAUUGAGGUUGAUAAGAGCCUCUCAUUCCUUAAUGCUUAUGUUCAAGAGUCGCUGGAAAAGGGCGCUCAACCUUAUCUUCCUGAGAGUGAACGUUCGGGAAUGUCGAGCGUCGCCAAUUUUAGGACUCAAGAACAGAAUGGAACUUAUGCCCAUUCUUUGAGAUUUGAAGCUUAUGAGCUUCCUAAACCCUCACAGCCAUCAAGAGCCUCUCCUGUCUCACUAUCAUCCUCGACUGAGCUUGUUCCUGUGCCAUCUUAUCAUGAAGACGUCUAUGAAACUGUGGUAUCAAAACCUUCUGCUUCCGAUUCAGGCUCUUCAGAAGUCAAGCUCCGUCUUGAUGGUGUUCAAAAAAAGUGGGGGAAACCCUCUUACUCUGCUGCACCCUCUACUUCAGACUCCAGUGUCGUAAAGACUCAGAGUGGAGCUACGCAACGAGAUGUGAGCAGUUUUAGCUCGAAAGCACCUGUUGUAUUGAAUGAUUCAAGAAAGCAGCAAGUAGAGAUUGAUCCAGAAAAACAAAGAUUUGCUGCUUCACUUUUUGGGGGCACAUCAAAAUCUGAAAGAAAGCAUUCUUCUGCUACCCACAAGGCUCAUAAGCCUAACAGCCGUACUGCAGACAAGCCACACAUGGAGAAGAGUGCACCUUCUGAUAGUGGUGCAGUAAAAACAACACCUCAGCCACCGCCUCCAGAUUUGCUUGACUUGGGGGAACCAACUAGUAGUAGUGCACCACCCCUGGAUCCUUUCAAACAGUUGGAAUCCCUUCUUGAUGUCAGCCACAGCUCUUCCGCUCAAGGAUCUGAUGGAGUUAGUAGUACUAAAAUGGCUGAUUUCAUGUCCCUUUAUGGAGACACGACUUCAAGUGGGCAGAGUGAAGGUGGUGUUAUAAACCCUCUGUCAACUGGCACCGGCAACACAAGUCUCAUGUUUGGAUUUUCCGAUGCAUCUGACAGAAAUGGUCAUGGAGGAAAUACAACACCACAGCUGGCAUCACCAAAUAGCAAGGGACCAAAUCCUAGAGAUGCUAUAGAAAAGGACGCUCUCGUGAGGCAAAUGGGCGUAACACCAUCAACUCAGAAUCCCAACCUGUUCAGUGACCUACUUGGAUAGAUUUUAAGUUAUUGGACAUGCUGGUUAAAGUUCAAUCGAAAUUUCUUCAGAUUACACACCGAGUUAAGUUAAGCAACCUGGUUCCCCAAGCGGCUUGCAAAGCUGGAGGCAUUUAUUUUUAUGUCAAAAACACCAGCUCACAACAAUCUCGCUGGAGAAACCAGAGAAUGGGGUUAGGUUACCCUACCUAACCUGGAGUUGUUUGUAUCAGUUGCAUGGCAAUAUAGUUUUGUGUAGAUAGUAAAGCCUGGUAGAGAAAGUGCAGGGGCAGCUGAACUAUAUAUAUAUAUAUAUAUAGUCUUCCCUUGUGCUCGAUUUCGACCAAGUUCUUGGAGUAUUUCAGAAUCAUAAAGGCUGGCUUGCAUGUUACAUUACUGUGAUUGAAUUUCAGUGUUCUUUAAACGCACAAUGCUCUUAGUAGUUCUUUAUGCAUCAUGUAUUCUUUUUUGGGUUAGAUUUUGAUCAAUUGACUGGAAGAGAUUGCUUAAUAAACACUUGAGCUACGUUUUUAAA